AUGCAGCGCCCCCGCCCCUCGCUCCUGGAGCCCCGCUGGUCCUUGCUUUGGAGGGACCUUUUAGAUGCGAGAGGACAGUUCCUGGAGACACAGUCACCUGUGUGGGGCGUGAAUAUGCGGCAGUUCCGGCUGGUCGAGCCUGUCCAGAUAAAACCUAGAAUUGACGGGUUGUGGCCCGGAGCGCGCUGUGCUCAGGCAGCUUUUCAGGCAGCCCCGACGGGGUCCUUCUGGGACUUUCCUCCCUUUGAACCGCGGUGGCGGGCGGGCACACUGCCUCCGCCGCGCUUGAGAGCAGUGCCCGCCAUCUCCAUGGCCACCGCUACGAGUGGCCUCGGCGUCGGCGGGUCGCGGGACAUCCUGUGGCGCGUUUUGGGUUGGAGGAUAGCUGCAAGUAUUGUUUGGUCUGUGGUGCUUCUGCCUGUAUGUACAACAGUAUUUAUAAUCUUCAGCAGCAUUGAUUUAUUUCAUCCCAUACAAUGGCUGUCAAAUUCUUUCAGUGACCUGUACAGUUCCUAUGUAAUCUUUUACCUCCUGCUGCUGUCAGUGAUAAUAAUAAUAAUAAGUAUUUUCAAUGUUGAGUUCUAUACAGUUGUGCCGUCCAUUCCUUGCUCCCGACUGGCGCUGAUAGGAAAGAUCCUGCACCCUCAGCAGCUCCUGCACUCAUUUGUCCAUGCUGCAAUGGGGAUGAUGAUGGCCUGGUGUGCGGCGGUGAUGACCAAGGGCCAGUACAGUUUCCUGGCGGUACCCUGCACGGGUGCUGAGGGCAUAGAUAGACCUGCCGUACAAACCUGCUUAAACGAACAUCAUCUUUUUUUACUACUGGCUGGAGCAUUCAUGGGUUAUAGCUAUAGUCUUCUGUAUUUUGUUAACAACAUGAACUACCUUCAGUUUCCCAUCGUACAGCAGUACAAGUUUUUGCGCUUCAGGAGAUCUCUGCUCUUAAUAGUUAAGCAUAGUUGUAUGGAAUCACUGUACCUGGUUAGAAAUUUCUGCAUCGUGUAUUACUUUCUUGGCUAUAUUCCCAAAGCUUGGAUUAGGACUGCUAUGGACCUUCACACAGAUGAGCAGUUUCACAGACCCCUUGACACAAUAAGUGGCCUCUUGAAUCUUUCAUUACUCUACCAUGUCUGGCUCUGUGGUGUCUUCCUCCUGAUGACUUGGUACAUCUCAUGGAUACUCUUCAAAAUCUAUUCCACAGAGGCUCACGUGUUUCCUGUUCAACCACCAUUUGCGGAAGAAUCAAAUGAAUGCCUCCCGAGAGUUUUAAACAGUAAUCCUCCCCUCAUCAUAAAGUAUUUAGCUUUGCAGGACCUGAUGUUGCUUUCUCAAUAUUCCUCUUCUCGAAGACAAGAAGUUUUUAGCCUUAGCCAACCAGGUGGUCAUCCCUACAAUUGGACGGCCAUUUCAAGGGAGUGUUUGAAUCUUUUAAAUAAUAUGACUCAAAAACUAGUUCUGUACCAAGAAGCUGCUGCUACAAAUGGGAGAGUGUCUUCUUCAUACCCAGUGGAACCUAAGAAAUUGGAUUCUCCAGAAAAGACACCUGAUACCUCCAGUCCUUUUGGAACCCCUUUUGGCUCCAGUGUGGUAAAGCGAGUGGCUGGAAUUUUUGAUGGAAACACCUGCUAUGGUUUGUCGAAGAGUCCUCAGCUGAUUAGAAGAGGACCAAGACUAUGGACUUCUGUUUCUGGUCAGCAAAUGUCUGAAUUUUCUAAUCAUUCUCCAUAUACCUCUCUUAAUAAUGCGGAGGGUAAGACAGUGAGACAGCCCAGUGUGAUUUAUUCAUGGAUUCAGAAUAAACGUGAACAGAUUAAGAAUUUCUUGUCAAAACGGGUGCUGAUAAUGUAUUUUUUCAGUAAGCAUCCCGAGGCCUCCAUUCAGGCAGUUUUUUCAGAUGCCCAAAUGCAUAUUUGGGCGUUAGAAGGUCUGUCUCAUUUAGUAGCAGCAUCAUUUACAGAAGAUAGGUUUGGAGUUGUUCAGACUACACUACCAGCUAUCCUUAAUACUUUGUUGACACUGCAAGAGGCAGUUGACAAGUACUUUAAGCUUCCUCACGCUUCCAGCAAACCUCCCCGGAUAUCAGGAAGCCUUGUGGACACUUCCUAUAAGACGUUACGAUUUGCAUUCAGAGCAUCACUGAAAACUGCCAUCUAUCGAAUAACUACUACAUUUGGUGAACAUCUGAAUGCUGUGCAAGCAUCUGCAGAACAUCAGAAAAGACUUCAGCAGUUCUUGGAGUUCAAAGAAUAGUUCAGUAAUAUAAACUGUGUUCAUUACAUUGCUGAUACAACUACAGACAGCACAGUAAAUGUUCACCAUUCUUGGAUCAGAAGAAAAUGGACUAAUUAGAUGCUUCCUUUGUCGUGGUGGUUGCUUUGAAAACUAUACUUUAAUGGGAGAAAUCAUGGAAAGAAAUUCUCAACAGAACAACCGAAAACUGCCUUUUCUGUACUGAUCACUUUUUGUGUGUGUGGUAUAAUAAAAUCUUCAUUCAAUUUUAUAAGAGCAUUGAGGGCAGUAGAAACAUCUCUAGCUCAUAUAACAAUAGUAAUAACUCAAAAUUUUGUAAAAUUUACUUUUGCAAAGAGUGGAGCCACUUGAAAAAUUAAAAUAGGUUGACUUGAUCUGGACUUUCUAAUCAUUCUAAGAGGCCAGCUCCCUGUAAACUUGAAAUGCAUAAAGUUUUAAAACAUAGUUUCUUUACUGAAGGAUAAAAAUGGUAAUAAUGGAGCAAAAUUCACAGAAAAAAUACUUUCUAAAGGACAUGUUUUGUUAAUCUGUUAGGUUGUGUUUUUGUUUUUAGGGAUAAAUUUAAUUUGCAUGAUUGUCCAAAACAAGUCUCAAUUUACAGAUGCUAACUCUAUAUAAAGGAAUGUGGAAAAAUUCAGUUCUUAAGUUAAAAGAUUAAACAUUCACAUUUGGCUUUUGAGAAACGGUUAACCAACGUGAUGAAUUUAUUUUGUAUCAUGUUAGUAAGCAAUAAGUGUGUGGGUAUUUUUCCCAACUAGUUUUGCUUUCUCUUUCUAGAACAAAACAUUAAGGGAUUGUAGAGGUUUUCAAGUGAGAGAAGAGGUUUUGGAAGAAAAAGUGGGAAGCUUCUCCUUUUUUCCCUACUGUUCAUCUUCAUUAGAUCAAAUUAUUUUACGUAGCUUGUCUGGCAUCACAGAGAGCAGCUUCUGCCUUUGUUAACCAGCUAAUUAAAAUAUAAUAGGAAAAUCUUUAAAGCUGGAAGCAACUUAGUCAUCAAAUACCAAGCGGAACUGAAAUGUCAGAGGGAUUACUGUUCUGGGAAGUAUGUUGUGUGUCCCGAAUGUGAGUAGAGGUCAUUUGCUAAUUUGGUUGAUAGACUUCUUCAAGUCCUGGUGGUAGAUACUCAUUGGCAUAGCUUUGAACUAAAAUGCUCCUUCAUAAUUAUUUUCCUAUUAUCUUUUCCCACUAGUGUCGCCCAAUUUUUCCUUUAAAAUCAGCACAGUAUUCUAUAUAGAUCUUUAAUGUGGUAUGUGUCUACCAUUUGUCUGUUCCAUUGAUGUAUUAUAUCUUUACACUAGAAUUCUUUAGCCCCCGGGCCAACUGCCCAUUCAGCCAGCACAUGCCAAGUAAUAAAUGAAUCCUGCUGGCCUGUAAAGUGUCUUUAUGAGACAGUGCCCCAGUUGUCAUGUGUUUGGGUAUUUAACUGUUGCUACUUUCCUCCCCCUCACUCUUCCUUCUUUGUGUCUGAACUACCUCCCUUUCUUUGCCUUUCUCUCUUUCUUUCUCAUGCUAGGCAAGCACUCCUAUCACUGAGCUACAUCCCCACCUCCUUUUUUUAAAUUUAUUUUUAAAUUUUUGAGACAGGAUCUCACUAAGUUGCUCAGGCUAAUCUCAAACUUGUGAUCUUUCUCAGCCUCCAGAGUACCUGGGAUUACAGGUGUGUGAAGUUGAUUUCACUUGAUCUUAGCCAAAAGGCUGAGAAGCAGUGUGAAGUUGAAUUUCAAAUGUAGUAUUUUUUUUACAGAUGACCAAAAGAUUGUGGCUAGGUUAACUGAGAAGUCUUGUAUUCCAUAUAUUAAAGCCAUAAGCUUUUUUUUUUUGGUACCAGGGAUCGAACUCGGGUCCUUGCACUUGCACAGCAGGCGGCAAAACCACUGAGCUAAAGCCCCAUCCCACCAUAAGCUUUUUGUAUUCCCUAGCUGAAGCAUUUUGGGAGACAAGUCCUCUUAAUCUUUCAUUAAAGAAGAAUUGUGGUAUUUAACCAUUGGAUUCCUGAGACUGAAGAUAGAAUGAUUCCCUUAAGCUUUGACCUGCUUAUGUGAAAUGCCUGGUUAGAUUUAGGUUCUUGCAAUUUCCUCUAUACUUUGCACACUGGUAUGUUUGGUGAGUAAUGUGAGUCUUUCUGAGAUGUUCAUUGCUGUGUUUCUCUCAGGAGAUAGAACUGUGUACGAAUACAAGCCACAUGAUAUCUGCCCAUUGAAUACUGGGAAACUGCCUUGCAGGUCUGUAUUGUAUAGAGUAGGUGAGGAGGUCAGUUCUCUUCCCCUGCUGUGUGUUGAUGAUAUAUGUGCCAGCUGUUGUGCCAAGGGUGUUAUUAAAAGGAGCUCCUCCUGCGCACAAGGAGGACCUGAGGGAAGCCAGGAGGAGAGACGUGUUUCCUUUGAUGAAAUCACAUUCUGCCUAUGAGCCCUGAUCUGUGACACUGGGUUGAAAAUUAGAGUGUAUGUGAAACCUUUCCCUGCUUUCAGUACAAAACAUGAUGGUAUCUGCUCUUACAAUGUGUACUUGACCUUCGUUGAAGGCAUAAAGCUUCAAAACUUCUUUCCUCAAGAAUUGGGAAACUAUCCUGGAAUAAAUCUUGUACAGUUGAGCAGGAAUAGAUGAGCAGCAGUUCAUUCCUUUGCUGGAUUUCUUCCAUGGCAGUUGUUUUCUGUGCCUUCCUAUAAAUAUUUAUGACACUUUAUAUCCUUUUGUAUAUCACUGGUACUGAGUUGAGUAAAAAAAAAUAAAUUGACAAUU